AUGGAACACAGCCAGAAUACAUUGUACCCGUUCCAUAUUCAGAGCAGCAAUAACAGCUCCAAUAGCAGUAACGGAAUAGGCAAUAAUAGCGCCACACUGAACAACGGCAAUACCAGUGUUCAUCAUCAUCCUUAUCACAGCACCCCUACCCACCAACACCACGAAUUCCAGCAGGAGCUGCUCUCUCCAACACAUCCGCACCCACAACAGCAACAACAACAGCCGUUUCAUGGUCAGCAUCAUCUCCAUACGCCACAGCAUGAUAAUAACAAUAGCUUUCAUGGGUCCCAUCCCGAUCUGCAAAAGACGAUCCCACAUCAAAUGGAAAUUUAUCAACAACCUCAACCUCCACCUCAGGGUCACGAGUUAGUGGACCCACUCUUGAACCGACAUUUGAAUACUCAGGCGAACACUCUCCAAUCCUCGCACCAUCACCAACACCAUCAUUAUCAACCGCCGCAUACCUCACAAGCACCACCAUACUAUUAUCAACAGCAGCAACAACAACCGCCACCACCACAACACAAACAAUACCCUGAUCAGCAUCCUGAUCCUAAUACACCAGUCUCAAUAGCAAGCUCUGCUCUAAACUCUGGCUCAGCUGCGUCUACACCUUCCCUAUCAUCACCAGCCUCGGCUCUACCUUACCAGAAUAGCGAUUACGCCUACAUCAGCAACAACCCAGCUUUGCCUCAUCUCCAGAAGCACACAUCACCAACAGCCUCUUUCCAUGUCCCCACUGCGCCAACUGCGCCAACGACGCCUUCUAGUGGACCACGUCUUGGCUCACCAUCGUCGGCACAGAAUCUCGGCACAGGCCUACCGCUAGCUAUGGCUCCAUGGACCACCUCCAAUGCCUCAUCAAGUGAGCAGGAUAUGCAGCCAAGACAACAUCUUCAACAACAGAGCCAUGCUGCUCCACCUCCAUCUCAUCCUCACCCUCAGCAACAAGCACAACAACAAUAUUCCCAGUCUGCACGCGAGCUUGCUCACCUGAGUUCGUUUAAAGGGGAUCGCUCGUCAUAUCAUCAGGUAUCGCAGCCACAACAAGCCUCAACGCAUCUGUACAGUCCGCAAAUUCAAGAUCAACAACAGCAACAUCAUUCGCAACAACAUCAUGCGCAAAUGUGGAUUGGCGACAUGUCUUCAGAGUCGUUCCAUUCUCCACCAGAGUUUCUAGAACAAUCUGAUCGACAGCCUCACAAACAGCCUCGACCAUUCGGUGCGCCUGACAGCGCCGAUCAUCCCGUUCAUAAUCCUCCAUACACUACGACCGGUAAUUAUAUGAAUAGCCAUAAUGCCCCUGGACAUGAACGACCAAGAGUACAAUCUGGAAGACACCACGCUCUAGAUCGCAAUAUCCUCGAUUAUUCUGAGAGCUACAACCCUCACGGACAGGAGCCACCACUAGUGACUCAUCAUACAGGAAUGGCGUUCUUGGAUGAUAUGUCGCUACUCUCUCCAUCACACCCUUCCCAAACCAUACAACCAGAUCCUCAGGGGCAGUCCUUUCAUCCUAUGUUAUUAAAUACGGGAACUAGUAAAAAUAGAAUCUCAGGGUCAUUAGACUCAGUCCCUAUGGGAUUGGCAUCUCCAGCAAUCAUUCCUCAUCCUGAUUAUGGUGCUGUUGCGUCCUACGUUCAUACUCCUACAGCUUUCGUUUCAAAGGGUCGCUCAUCUGGCAGCGGAGGGGGGGGCGACGCUCUACCUUCCCGACCGCUUCCACAACGUACUCAAUCUGCUGGUGGGCGUAUCACAUCAACGCCAAAGCUUCAUCGGACUCGGACAGGCUCUGCCAUUUCUUCAUCCUCCUCUCUUGGCUCUAGUGCUGUUGUGCCACCGACCACAUCUGCCUUGGGUAUUGCCAACAGUUCUUUUGCAAGCUCAUCAUCUGUGAUUAGUACUGCUGCAGGUAACCCUCCCAACACAGGUGCGACCACGGCUAUUGGAACAGGAUCCGGAGUCGACAUGGAUGAAGGAAUAUCUGUAUCUCCUUCGUCCUCGUUUUCGUCUUCAGCAUCGAAACCACGACCAAACAAUCAUCCUCGCAAAGCUGUUGCCGCAAGGGUAUAUGAGUGCACGUUUCCUGGAUGUAACAAAGCUUAUACACAGCUACACAACUUAAAGUCACAUGAACGCACAGGACAUACCCCUGUCCAGAAACCCAAACCCUUCCUCUGCAUAAUCUCUGGCUGCACUAAGGCCUUUUCACAGCGAAAAAGUCUGGCGCUUCACAUCCGAGCUUCACACAAAGAAUAUAAAUUCAAACCUUUCAAAUGUGCGCAACCUGGAUGCCAAAAAUCUUACACACAGCUACAUAAUCUCAGGACUCACGAAAAGACCGUGCAUAUGUUGGAUCUUUCGAAAAAGAGGAUUCGAAAUCCCGCUCCAAACACAGAGAGCACUGAGGAGAAUAUGAUCGGAGUACAUGAGGACGAUGAAGCCAGUGACAACGAUAAAAAUAAAAAGAGCAGCAACAUUAACAACGACAAAAACAUCAACAACGCAACUAUUGAUCAUGUUCAUCAGGAUGAAGUCGUCGCUACUUCGAAUUCAGAGGGCCAUUCAAUUUCAAACUUUUCGAGCAGAGGUUAUAACUGUAAUAGCAGUAACAAAGGAUCUUUUGAACAGAGAAUGGAGUUAAACUAUAGGAAUAUAAAUGAGCUCGGUGGUUACGGCGCACGCCGAGAAGCCGAGGGAACCUAUGAAGAUGAGGGACAUGAAGGAAAUAUUAAAAAUGGAGGCUAUGUAAAUGAUUAG